CCUCCUCCAAACAAAGUGACAGAAAGGAAAGGAAAGAAAGAAAGAAAGACUGAAAGAGGGCGCACACAAAAGGAUUGCGAGCGGAGGAAAAUGGCGACUCAGUUCCCGGACGAUUUCAAGUGCCCGAUUUCACUCGAGAUCAUGUCUGACCCGGUUAUCCUCUCAUCGGGUCACACCUUCGAUCGUCCAUCCAUCCAGCGGUGGCUGGACGCAGGCCACCGCUCCUGCCCAGUUACCAAACUGCCCCUCCCCGAUAACCCUUCCCUCAUUCCCAACCACGCCCUCCGCAGCCUCAUUUCCAACUUUGCCCUCGUCUUCCCUCCAAAACCUCAACCCUACCCCGAGCCCCAGGCCCUGAUCUCCAACCUCGCCUCCCCCUCCUCCUGUCUCGACUCCAAGCUCGACUCUCUCGACCAACUCACCAAGCUCUCCAAGCGCGACUCGGCCUUCCGACGGAGAAUCACUGAGGCUGGCGCCGUCUCGGCCGUCCUCAACUGCGCCGCCUCCGACUACUCUAGUCUCCAAGAGAAGUCGCUCUCUCUGCUGCUCAAUCUCAGCCUCGACGACGAUAACAAAGUGGGUCUCGUCGCCGAGGGCGCGAUUUCGCGAAUAGUUGCCGCUCUGCAAACCGGCUCGGCUGAUUCGCGCGCCCUGGCGGCUACGAUUAUAACAAGUUUAGCUGUUGUGGAGGUGAACAAGGCCACGAUUGGAGCAUACCCAUAUGCUAUACGAGCCUUGGUUUUGCUUCUUCGUGACGGAAAAGGCCGCGGGAAGAAGGAGGCGGCGACGGCGCUCUACGCCCUAUGUUCUUUUCCCGAUAACCGGAGACGAGCCGUGCAGUGUGGAUCGGUACCCAUUUUGAUCAGAAUUGCGGACUCGGGGCUUGAGAGAGCCGUGGAGGUCUUGGGUCUUCUGGCGAAAAGUAAGGAAGGGAGGGAGGCAAUGGAGAGGUUCAAUGGGUGUGUGAUGGUUUUGGUGAGAAUGGUCAAGAAUGGGAACUCGAGAGGGAUUGAGUAUGCUUUGUUAACGCUGAACUCGCUUUGUUGCCAUAGCGAAGAAAUGUGCGCGGAGGCGAGGAGCGAAGGGGUUCUGGAUCUUUGUAUGGGCUUUGUGGAGGGUGAUAAUGAGAAGAUUAGGCGAAACGCUUCCAGUUUGGUUCGGGUUCUGAGUGGAGGGUCGAUGCGGUGAAUUUGCUGUCGGAAAAUUCGAUUUUGCGGGCAUAGAGUUGGGGUUGUGAUCGCUUUGGAGGUGAGUUGGUUUUUUGGUUAAUUGGUUGAACGUUGUUGAAUAGUUUCUGUACAAACAAAACCGAUUAGAUUAUGAUGGUGGGUGGGUGGUUGUUGUUUGCGGGGGGAAGGGGGGCAUGGUUCUUUUGUAUCUUGUACAUUGUGAAAUAAAGAUGAAAUGAAUGGUUAGCUCUUUUGUUACCUGUUUUGGGGAAGUUUCAAAUAGCGGCAAUUUAACUACACAAAUCUAUAUAUCCACAGCCAUAAUUAUUUAGCUACAAUGCAGCAUUCUAUUACCCGAAAUAGGAUGAACCAGCCUUCCUGGGAAGCCAACCAGCUCAAAUGCGGGAAGUAAAUCUCUAGCUGUCGUCUUCGUUCCCUGAAAAGUGAGAUGAGAUAGUAUGAACCUAGAAGCUUAUUAGCUUGGCUGGCCAGAUGCUUAAUUUCAGUUCUUUGUAGUUAAGAGCGGUCAUCGCCAGCACUUGUGUCUUACAAACUGCUUUCUCUUUUGGGGUGGGGGGGCACAACUGUUUGGUUAUAUUGCUGCAUGCCCUCGCUGAAGUUGCAGUAGACGGUAGACUAUCAUUGGAGAACUCUUUGAAUGUCACUUGCUAUGGAGAUUGGGGAGUCAGAUUGUUGAAUUGUCUAGGAAGGAAAAUUGCUUUUCCAAGAUUCAGGAUGCCGAGCUUCUCUAAAACCUUGAAAUCUGGGGCAGUUCUCCUUACGCAUAUUGUAGUUAGUUUUUACAGUUCCAAGUUCCAGUCCAGCUGUGAUUUCCUUGUUACACAACAUACUUGUUACUUCAUGUGGUGUGCUGAAGAUAUUCUUCUACUUCUCAAGUGACUUGCCUUUCAAUAUUUGAAGAUGAUAACAUACACUUGUUGAUUAAUACUUAUGAUGUCAUCUUAUACAGUUGAAGAAUGGUGCAUCAGCUUUCUUAAGCUGAAAUCUAAUACUGGCUGCCCAUCUCCCAUUGCAUACA